CUUCCUUGUUGCCUGUGGUUGCGUCAGGCGUUCAGCUCGAUGCUCUCGGCGUUCGACAAGUCGAGCUUGAGUUGACUGAACGUUCUGCGCAGUAGAGUUCCGAAGGAGCCCCGAGUGUAUCGAUCUUAAAGUCGCAAAGAGCUCCUCCGCAGAUUCCGUUAACAAAAUGUCCCGACCGGAUAUUGAGGCGGUUGAGAUCGCUGCCAGCCUUAACACGCAUGCUGCAGACGGGUGAGAGGGUCUUCAUACACCCCCAUAGCAAACUUUAUGGAAUGGUCCAAACAAGCUGAGUGCCAGCCAUUGUUAUCACAGCUGGAUGGAUACAGGUUCCUAUAGUAGUUCCUAUCCAGUGACCUGUUAGCAGGCAGGCAGUGUGGGUUUUAUAUUGAUAUCAGUGGAGCAAACUAGAGGGUUUCCUUCCAGCCAUGAUUUGGGGGGGUUUAUACCUAGCACACAUUUAUAUACACACUUUAUUAUAGGAAGUUAGUUGUGUUUGUUGAUUAGGAUUCACAAAAGUGUGAAUUUGUUUUUAGGAAAGAGGGGGAGAAUAAUCCAAUUUUAGGCCACAACUGCAACCCUUGCUGACUUCCUAAAAUAUUCAUUAAAAGGAUACUAUAGACAUCAACACAACUUUAUCAUAAAGGGACACUAUAGGCACCUAGACCAUUUCAUCUCAUUGAAGUGGUCUGGGUGCAGUGUCCCCUUAACUCUGCAAUGUGAAACAUUACCUAAACUGCACUGUCUUCAUUGCUGUCUGCCAGACAGUCUCAGAGUUUAAAAUUCCCCAUAGGUAUGCACCUAUUCAAUGCUUUCCUAAGGGGAAGGCCUAGUGCGAGCGUGCACUUGCUGUGGAUGUGCAUUAGAUCCCCCCUCGCGUUGAUGUUGGAGGAGACAGAGCCCUCGGCGCUGGAACCAGGUAAGUGUUUAAUUUUUGGUUUGUUUAAAAAAAAAACCACACACAAACUAUUUAACCCCUUAAGGACGGAUGAUGGACUGGGUAAGUCGUGCUAAAAUUAACCCCAGAUCACCUUGAUCGAUCUCGGGGCUAACGCUCCUCCGGUCUGCCUCGUAUCCGAUCGCGAUGUCCCUGCAGCUGUGAUCCGAGCACAUGUUCUGCAGGGACUUCUGAUACACAUCCCUGUGCUUCUGCAGUCAGUGUGAAGUGCAGGGAGAUGGACCAGUGAUGAUGAUCUUCUCCCUGCAAAAAAUUAAAUAAAGUUACAGUUAAAUCCCACCCACAUUUCCCCAGCUUUAUUAAAAUUAACCUAUUCACUGCCAUUUGAUCACUGACUACAGUGAUCAAAAUACAGAUCAGGGUAUUUUACUGUGAUCUGAUUUUUUUAUUUUUAUUUUUUUUUUAUAGAACCCCUGUGGGUUAACUUUUAUAUUUUUAACCCUCAGGGGUUAAAUUUAUUUUAUUAAUUUAAAUAUUUUAAAAUAAUAUUUAGAUAGUUGGGGUGGGUGGAAGUUAGUGGGGAAUUUGGUGUUAGGCUUGGUAGGGGUUAACAUUAAAAAAAAGUUUAAAAAAAAAGCUUUAUAAAGGUAAAACAUUUUUUAAUUUUCUUUUUUUUUAAAUAAUGUUUAAAAACAGGAAGAAAAAUCCCACCCCCUUUACCCAGUCCUAAUAAAAAUGGCCCCCUUCCCUGCCAGUUGAUCACUGCCUACAGUGAUCAAAAUACAGAUCACAGUAUUCUACUGUGAUCUGAUUUUUUUCUUUAACCCAUGAGAGUUAACUUUUUUUUAACCUUCAGGGGUUCAAUUUAUUUCAUUAAUGAAUUUAUAUAUUUUAAAAUUAUAUAUUUUUCUAGCAGGGGUGGGUGGGAGUUAUGGGAAAUUGGUUAAUUUACAGUUAGUGCGGCUUACUUCUAGUUAGGGGUUAAUGGUAAAAAAAGAUUGUAAAAAUGUAAAAAAGUUUCAAGAAAGUUUAAAAAAGUAAAAGAAAUUAAUAAGUAAUCAAAAAAGUUUAAAAACAAGUUUUAAAAAAGGUUUUUAAAAAAAAUACAUUAAAAAUGCUCAUUACCACUACACCUGGAACAAACUAGAGAAAAAAUGAUCUCCUGCUAAGGUUCAAAAUAUGCCUUUUGAAUUAUCCCUGGGUGUAUUCUUUAAUAAAUAGUAUGUGUUUGUGGGGAAGUUAGAACAACCAACCAGCGAACUAUUCCGAAAUGAAACAUGGACACAGCAUAAAAAUUCAAAGUUAGAAAAAAACUGGCUGCGUCUCAAAUGUGCCCCUUCAACAUCCACAUAUACGUGGCAAAGGUACAUACGGGUGUAUUGUUGUACUCAGACGACAUAGCUGAGCAACAUAUGAAAUAUUAUACAGCCAUAGCACACAUAAGAUUUGCAAAAUAUACUGUGCAAACUCACUUUGUGUGUCAAAAAGGCUUAUUACCACUACACUUGGUACAAGCUAGCAGAAAAAUGAUCCCACGCUAAGGUUCAAAAUAUGACUUUUAAAAUACCCUAGGACAGUGAUGGCGAACCUUUUUGAGCCCGAGUGCCCAAACCGCAAUACAUGCCAACUUUUUUUCUCCUUAAAGUGCCAACACGGCAAUUAAACCCAAAUACUGAGGUUUAAGUUUAGAAAAAACAACUCGUACUGUUGUCCGAACUAAUAACUUUUGUUUUAAAAGAACACAGAGUUCAAUGAUACAAAUUUUAAAUAAUAAUAUAUAUAGAUAAAAUUAAGCUUAUAUUUAUUAGUAUCUUCAACAAAUGCAAUACAUACACACACAGACUGCUGAAUACAUACACACACACACACACACACACACACACACAAGACUGCUGAAUACAGACUGAUGAAUACACACACAGUUUGCUGAAUACACACACACACAGACUGCUGAGUACACACACACACACAGACUGCCGAGUACACACACACACAGACUGCUGAGUACACACACACAGUCCGCUGAAUACAUGUGCACACACACACAGACUGCUGAAUACACACACUGCUGCAUACACACAUACUGCAUUGAGGUGGGGGGGUGCGUGUGUGUGUGAGUGUUGUAUGUGAGGGGUGUUAUGUGUGUGUGGGGGGGUGCUGUGUGUGUGCUGUACUGUGUGUGGGGGGUAGGGGUACUGUGUGUGGGGGGUAGGGUACUGUGUGUGGGGGGUAGGGAUACUGUGUGGGGGUAGGGAUACUGGGGGUAGGGUACCUCGCUGGAGGGUAGUAUUGCUGGGGGUAGGGGGUACUGUGUGUGGGGGGUAGGGCACUGCUGGGAGGUAGGGUACUGUGGGUGGUAGGGGUACUGCCAGAGGGUAAAUGUUAAAGUGUGGGUACUGUGUGUGGGGGUAGGGUACCUGUGUGGGUAGGGUACUGUGUGUGUGGGGGGUAGGUGUCUGUGUGGGGGUAGGGGUACUGCUGGGGGUAAGAGGUACUGCUGGGGGAUAGGGGUACUGCUGGGGGUAGGGUUACUGCUGGGAGGGUAGGGUUACUGCUGGGGAGGGUAGGGUACUGCUGGGAUGGGUAGGGUACUGCUGGGGAUGGUAGGGAUACUGGGGAGGGGUACUGCUGGGGGGUAGGGGUACUGCUGGGGGUAGGGGUACUGCUGGGGGUAGGGGUACUGCUGGGGAGGGUAGGGGUACUGCUAGGGGUACUGGGGGGGUAGGGGUACUGCUGGGGGGUAGGGGUACUGCUGGGGGAUAGGGGUACUGCUGGGGAGGGUAGGGGUGCUUGGGGGUAAGGGUACUUCUGGGGGGGUAAGGGUGCUGUGUGUCAGUAUACCCCCCCCCUCCUUCUUACCUUUAAUGAAGUAGGGGGGGGGGACACAGCCAUCCCUGGUGGUCCGGUGGUGGUAAGCACUGCAGGGGGAGGGAUCUGUGAUGCAGCUCCCCUCCUGCGCAAUGCUGUGUGGAGCGUUGCCAUGGUAACACGCGGCAACGUUCCACACAGCAUCGCGCGGGAGGACAGGGGAGCUGCUUCCUAGAGCCCUCCCCCUGCCUCCCGACCCGGAAGCAGAGUAGGCGCCUGCCGUUUCGGGCAGGCAGGCGCCUACUCUGCAUUGAUGGCGAACCUGUGGCCGCAUGCCCACAGAAAGGGCCCGGCGUGCCACAGGUUCGCCAUCACUGCCCUAGGAUGUCUUUUUUAAAGAAAUGGUAUGCCUUUAUGGGAUAGUUGGAAUAUAUAGCCUGCUAAAAUACUCCAAAAUGGGACCUGGACACAGCGUAAAAAUUCAAAGUUUGAAAAAAAUUGGAAUGGCUGUGUCUCAAAUGUGCCCCUUUAAUAUCCACAUAUACCUGGCAAAGGUACAUACGGGGUAUUGGUGUACUCAGAGGACAUAGCUGAGCAACAUAUGAAAUAUACAGUUGUAGCACACAUAAAGUUUGCAAAAUAUACUGUGCAAACUUACUUUAUGUGUCAAAAAGGCUUAUUACCACUACACUUGGUACAAGCUAGCGGACAAAUGAUCCCACGCUAAGGUUCAAAAUAUGCCUUUUGAAAUACCCUGGCAUGUCUUCUUUAAGAAAUGGUAUGCCUUUAUGGUGUAGUUGGAAUAUGUAGCCUGCUCAGGUGCUCCAAAGUGGGACACGGACACAUCAAAAUUCUCCGUGAAAAUUUACGCUUAAAAACCUGAACUUGUCACAUCUCAGCACUGUAACUUCACAAAAUAGUGUCUAGGUCAUAUAUUGGGCAUAUAGUUUUACUCAGAUGAUGUAACUGAGCAUAAUUUGAGGGAUUUUAUGACAGUGGUAAAUAUCAAGUGUAAGAAAUACUCGCAACAUGUAUGUAAAAAUGCAAUUUUUUUUACCUCCUCACCACAAACAUUGACAUAAAUUGGUGAAACAAUGGUGACAAGUUAAGGCACAGUAUACGCCAUAUAAGAUACCCUGGGGUGUCUGCUUUAUCAAAUGGCUUCCAUUUGUGGGGUUAUUUGAGCAGUCAAACUGCUAUAAUACCACAAAAUGAGACAUAGGCCAAUCAUAGCCAUCUAUGAAAAUUCUAACUAUAGUAACUGAACUAGCCUUGUCUCUUUAUAUGGCAUUGUCGCUUCACAGAAUAUAUCCAAAGGCAUACAAUGGUGGUAUUGUUAUACUCCGCAGAUGUAGUUGAACACAAUAUGGGAUUCUGUGCAGUAAUAUAACACACCAGCUUUACGAAAUACACAUUACAAAAGCCUUGUUAUAUGUGUAUAUGCCACAAUAGAGAAAUACAUUUUACUGCAAUAUUUAGCAGAGACUGGCGAUGACAUGGCUACGUAAAAAGUGUCAAGAUAGCCUUUAGGUAAAUAGCCUGUGAUGUCUACUUUAAAUAAAUAUAUACUUUUGUGUGGCAAUUUUGUUUUCUGUGAUGGCUACUAAACCUACAAGACAAACAUACCAAAUUCUAAAAUUGUUUCACAUUGAAAUGUUAUUUUGGUCCUUUUAUUUUGUGACCUGUAACUUUUAAAAUAUGCUAAAAUCCUAUACAUAUUACGUACUCUAUAAAUCAAGACACAUAAAUGAAUUUAUUUUUAAUUACUUUUUCUAAGCUGGACAUAUUAUGCACAUGCUAUUAUUGCCAAAACUAUGAAAAGUUUUUUUGUGUUUGUUUUUCACAUUUUUUGGCAUUAUUUUUUAUAAUUAAUGAGAAUUUAUCUAUGUAUAUGUGACAUCAAAUUAAAGCCCCAUUUGCCCUCUAAAAAAAAGUAUAAAAUAUGUGUUGGUGCAAUAAAUGACAGAGAUGCAAAAUGGCUUGUGUCCUUAAGGGUAACACAAGCUUUUGAAGCUGUGUCCUUAAAGGACCACUAUAGUCCCCGGAAAACAUACUCGUUUUCCUGGCACUAUAGUGCCCUGAGGGUGCCCCCACCCUCAGGGACCCCCUCCCGCCCGGCUCUGGAAAGGGGUUUAAACUUACCUUUUUCCAGCGCUGGGCGGAGAGCUCUCCUCCUUCUCUCCUCCUCCGAUCCGCCCCGUCGGCUGAAUGCGCACGCGCGGCAAGAGCUGCGCGCGCAUUCAGCCGGUCGCAUAAGAAAGCAUUUACAAUGCUUUCCUAUGGACGCUGGCGUGCUCUCACUGUGAAAAUCACAGUGAGAAGCACGCAAGCGCCUCUAGUGGCUGUCAAUGAGACAGCCACUAGAGGAUUAGGGGGAAGGCUUAACCCAUUCAUAAAUGUUUAUUUAAAAAUGGGUUAACCCUAGCUGGACCUGGCACCCAGACCACUUCAUUAAGCUGAAGUGGUCUGGGUGCCUAGAGUGAUCGUUUAAGGGGUUAAUUGGAGUGCAGGGGCAGAGGGACACUCUAUUGUUAGAUAUACAGAUGGUCCUCACUUUACGACCUACCUAUUUUACGACGGCUCGCACUGACGACCAGCUCUCUAACGUGGGGAUUUGAGAGAUUCCUUGCUCUGGUGCGUAUGUCUAUGUUUGUGUAAAUUUCACCGAACAUAGACACGCGCACCAGAGCAGGGAAUCCAUCUAAUCUAUGUUCGGGGAAUGUCCCCAAACAUAGAUUUGAGGGAUUCCCUGCUCUGCUGCACUAGUCUAUGUUCGUAAGAACGGAACCCGGUCGGUAAAUGAGUAACUGUACAGCUUUGUAUUCUUACCACUAUAGUGUUCCUUUAAUGGAGCAAUCUUAGUGUGUAGAUCAGGCCCCUGUAGUCUCUCUGCUCAAUUCUCUGCCAUUUUGGUGUCAAAUCACUUUUGUUUCUGUUUAUGCAGCCCUGGCAACAUCUUCCCUGGCUGUGACUUGCACACCCUACAUUAAAAAUGUUUUUUGUUUUCAAUCAGGUGUUAACUUACAUAGUUUUUAUUUCCAGCUUUGUAAAUUAAACUUUAAUCACAUACAGGAGCUGCAGUCUAUACGGCUAUUAACAGAGCAGGAGAAAGGAAAUUCGAAAUUAAAUAGAAUUUUCAAUAAAGGAAGUUUGACCUUAUAUCUCUCUUUACAGGAAGUGUUUAGGAAGACUGUGCAAAUUACAUGCAUGGAGGUGUGCUUUGGGCUAUAUAGACAUGAUUUAACUCUUAAAUGGCAGAGAAUUGAGCGGUGAGACUCCUGGGGCAUGAUCUAUGCAGAAAAACUACUUCAUUAAGCAAAAAUAGUUUUGGUGCUUUGUGUCCUUUUAAAGUCUAAGCAUUUAAAGGUACACUUUAGUCACCAGAACAACUAUUUUCUGCAGGCAUUUCCAUGCAAACACUGUCAAUUCAGAGAAAAGGCAGUGUUUACAUUGCCUCCUAGGGACACCCCCAUUUGCCACUCUUCAGAUGGCCGCUAAAGGUGUUCCCUGGGGCAGUGCUGCACAGAGUCUUUGCGCUCUGCUAAAUUUUUCUCAUAGGGAUGCAUUUUUUCAAUGCAUCUAUGUGAGGAGGUGCUGAUUGGCCAAGCCGGUGUUUAGCCAUGCCCCUAUCCCGCCUCCUUGCCAAUUUUAGCUAAUCCAAUACUUUUGGGAACCUGCACUUUCAUUUACCGUCAAAGGACCACUGUAGUGCCAGGAAAACAAACUCGUUUUCCUGGCACUAUAGUGCCCUGAGGGUGCCCCCACCCUCAUGGCCCCCCUCCCGCCAGGCUGAAGUGUGAGGAAGGGGUUAAAUCCCUUACCUUUCUCCAGCGCUGGGCUCCCUCGGCGCUGGGGACUCUCCACCUCCUUCGGACGUCAUCGGCUGAAUGCGCGCAUUCAGUCAGUCCAUAGGAAAGCAUUCUCAAUGCUUUCCUGUGGACGCUGGCGUCUUCUCACUGUGAAAAUCACAGUGAGAAGCCUGGAAGCGCCUCUAGCGACUGUCAAUGAGACAGCCACUAGAGGGUGGAUUAACCCAUAUGUAAACAUAGUAGUUUCUCUGAAACUGCUAUGUUUACAGCAGGCAGUGUUAACCCUAGAUGGACCUGGCACCCAGACCACUUCAUUAAGUUGAAGUGGUCUGGGUGCCUAUAGUGCUCCUUUAAAAAUUUUUAACAUUUUAAUGCUAACCAAAAGUCUUCAGCAGCCUAUCCCCACUGUGUUGAUUGAUCUUGUGAAAAGGGUUUAGUUUGAAAAGUAAUGGGUGGCUUUGGUUGGCUAAGAGUGUCAGCUGUCUGCUUACCAUGUCUCACAGUAGAAAUUGCAGGUAUUAACCGGUAUGUCUGGAAGGAAGUGUGUAAUCUCUGCCCUACACAUGCCUACAGUAGAGCCUGUGUUGUGGGUCACCACUGACUCUAAUUUAGUGUUAAACUGCUCGAAAAUUAUUUAACACUGAAUGGAGUGCCAGGGGAAUUGGCUAUAGUGUCUACAGUGUGCUUUUAAAGAUUAGUGUUCCAUUACACCCGCCGAGACCCUAAUAUUUUAAAUAGUUUUUCCUCUCAGGAUUCCAAUGUACAUUUAUUUAGUGAAAGGAGGAGAUUUGUUUUGUUAUAACAUUAUUGAUAUUUGUAUAGCACGAAAAACAAUUUACAUUGGCAUUCCAACUACCAUGACAACUACAGUGCUUGUGUAAGGGUCGAUUUUUGAACGGUUCGACACUUUAAAGGUUCCACUUUAUUCCCCCAUCCAGGUCCCAUCUUCAGAUAUCGAUAUAAGAAGUAUUAAACGAGCACUCAAAACACCAUAACCUCUACGGAAUGCUGUAGUGGUUAUGGCCCUGAUAUACUCAUGAGAAUAAGUGCUGGGUAAAAUUUUGUUGGUGACCUCAGGAAAAUCCCUUGAAAUAAACAACAACUAAGGCAUGCUUUAUUUUUUUUAUUUAUUUUUUUGUAAACAAAGUGAUUUGGAGGAAAUUACAACUGGUAUCUGGUUCUACAGAUGGGUGCUAAUUUUUUUUUUUUUUUUUAAUUCUUUAUUUUAUUUGUGCAUGUGAUUAACAAGCAUGUUUGCCGUGCCACAACAGCAGGAGCAAACUGGACGGUAUACAUAUAAGAACAUCAUUAUGGCAUUAAAGGCAUUGCACAUUUUUAAAUUAAUUAAUCAGGAUGAACAAAUAUGGCAUGACACUGUUAGGUGCGUGGUUAUAACAAAGAUUGAUUAGUGAGUAAGCAUGCGAGGCAGACUUCGCUUAAUGGUACAUGUUAGCUUUCAACUAUGCUGUCUGCUCCAAACUUAGAUUAGGGUUAGACAGGUAUAGCACAGUGUGUGAUGAGAAUGAUAUAGUAACAUACUAACUUUUUAGAGAUUUACAAUACAUAUGCGUGACAUGUGUAGCUAACAGCCUAUGUGACUCUCAUCAGCUAGGUUCGCUGGUAGUGUUAUAUGUGUGUAAAGAUUGAGUUGUCUUAAUGCUAGAGUGCUAGUCUGCGAACUGCUUAUUAAAAUAUCAGAUUUUUAGCGCUCGCUAGGUAAUUAACCGCUGGGGCACAGUUUGUUAUUGACGGCAUGAUAUAACAACAGAGUGAGAUGGUGCCCAUCUAUAAACUGGAGGUCUCAGGGUUUAGUUACUUAGUCCUCUGUCCUCAGGCAGUCUCCGGUUUAGCCAGUCCCCAGAUUCGGGAAGCUCCCAGGGUAUAUGUAGAGGUAUGCGGUUUCUCCACACUUCUCCGUGGGGGGUCUCAAUGCUUGGUUAGCGGCUCGUUGGCGAGAGUGGUCGUUCUGGUUUCUCUGGUUGACCUCCGCUUGGUCUGGAGGGCCAGAGGCAGGUCGGUGAUGAGAGCUCCUGUGCUGGCUGCGUCCAACCACCCUCCGCCACUUCUCUGCUUUCCGCUGCUUCGUACAGUGCCGCCUGGUGAGUUUUGGUACGGCAGUUCAUUGCCCAGUGUGUACCUGGGUCCCGGGGCUCUGUGGCUUGUGGGGAGCCUUCCCGCUGUUGGGGUGGUGGAGUGGUUGCACUUUUGUGUGGGUUUCCUGCCCGGGGUGGGACGGAUGGACUACCUUUGGUGCUUUCUCCCAUUUCACAGGUGAGGUUCGGGAUGAAGGCCUGUGCUGUAGUCGUCUCCAAAAGGCUUCGCAGAUUAGAACGAAUUGGGUUUUGAAACUCAGUCUCCAUUGCUGGAGCCCUGGGUCCUCCAUGUUGUGAUCGGAGUACAGCAUGGCGGCCAUCUUGGGCACCUCAUCCGACUUGCCGUCGGACGGUAACUUUCUCUGUGGUGGGUGGGUGUGAGUCUCCAGCAGGGACCAGGAUAUCCUCCACCUGUCCAUGUGGGGGGUAGCAGGGGAACAGGAGAGCUGCUAUGCGGUGCUGACCCUGCGUCGGGAGAUCAGGCUGCUUAUCCUGUGCGGUACUUUGAACAACCUAACAGUUACAAUAGUAAACCUUUAUUCCCCAAAUGAUGGGCAGUUUGAGUUUUUAUCAAAGUCCAUCGAGAAUGCAGUUGGACCAUUUAAUCAUGUGUGGUGAUUUCAACUGUAUGUUAGAUUCACUUCUAGGCAUGCAAAUGGCCACACAGGCCUAUAUCUAAAAAAAUAUAUAUAUAUCCCUGAGUCAUCGGGUGUCUACCCUUUUGAUGUCACUGGACCUACACAAUAUUUUGAGGGCCAAAUUCCCCGCACUGUGUGAUUACACGUUUUAUUCACCUGUUCACAUGACAUAUACAAUAAUUGACAAGUGGCUGGUGACAGUCCAUAUCCAAAAUUCAUAAUGAUUUGAAAGGAAAUAUAAUAUGGACAGGCCAAGCCUCGGUGAUAACAUCCUACUGCCAUAUACACCUGACGAGGGAUUGGGGGAAUUGGAGAUUAAUUGAGUCUCUCUUGGGCAAUUCUAUAAAAGAGGGCAGACGACAGGUGAUCACCAUACUUUUAGCCAUAACAUCUCUGGGCCCACUACCAUCCAGACUUUAUGAUCGGCUCACAUUAUUAUGGGUGCACUGAUUUAAAGAGGGAAGCCGAUCAGACUCUAGCUAAGCUCUUUCAGGAGUUCGCAAAAAACUAGAGGGCUAAUAAAAAGGUCCACCCAUCUCUCCAGCUGCACAGUAGCAUUCUUUUGAUCUGGUGACAACUGGAGAAGAUACAGCUGGAGAUCACUGAGCGAGUAAUAAGGUGUGUGAAGCAUUUCUACUAUGCUCAGGGUAACAGAGCUGGGUAUACUACUUGCGUCCAAAUUGAAGACACCGCAAUCAAAGUCCAAAACAGCACAACCUAUUAGCUUGUGCACUAAUCUACAAUGAGAUUGUUUCCUUUAAAAGAAGGACGAUGCAUAUGGCUUUUGCUGUUUGCUUAGAAGAACCUGAGAAAAGACUGUAUACUUAAUUCAGUUAGAAGAAAACGUAUUUAAUUUUAAAAAUGUGGAAAAAAGUAUAUAUAUAUAUAUUUAUUGCUAUAAAAAACAUUUCACUUAAUUCGGAGUGAAAAACAAUAAUACAUAAUAUACUAUUCUGUAUUGAGCUAAGUUAUGAAUAGGUAAUCAAAAAGAACCAGAGGAUGUCACCUUUAGUAAACUAGCACCGUAAUCAUUAUAAGAGGCUGUAGCAGUUCUGAUACUUAGUGUCCCUUUAACAUCAUUUAUUAUUGGAUUACGCUUUGCAGGCUACAUGGCACUUAAACUCAAAGAAGGAGUUAGAAAACAUUAUUGCCAUAGUGAAAUCCAGUGUUCCAAAAAAUGUUCAUACUUACCAGUAAUGACCGAAAGGCCCUGUUGUGCUUUUUUUGUGAAUCAACACACCCACAGCCAGUAGGUGGCGAUAUAGUAUUACUGUUAACCCUGAGAACAGUAUUCAGGUUUUUUGACAUAAAUCCUUAAAUGGUACCUGUCAUGCCAGGUAGAACAUAUGCUCAUCUUGAAGAACAUGAUAUUCUGUCUAUACAUUGUGCCAGCAGUUUUGCUAGCAAAUGUAUACUUUAGGAGAAAAACCUAUUUAAAAAUAAAUCUUUCUCACACCUCAGCCAUAUCUUUGGCAUAGAUUAUAUCAUGACAAUUUGACUAACAAGGGAGAGCAGAAAAUACCUCCCACAGAUGGUACGUAUGCUCUCCCAAUCACUGAAACCACAGCCAGCCCAUGUGGUUUCUGUGGAAACUCCCUAGCAGAUGCUAGUAGCGCUGGCUAGGGAUUAUAGGACGUCACUCUGUUCAGACGCUGGCAUGCAAGCAGAGAAGCCAGCAUGUUAGUGUCACACAGGAGGUUGGGGAAGUGUUCCCAAAUAGGGCAAAUCAGCGAAGAGAGCAAGUGUAAGGAGAGCGGACUGGAGGUUGGUGUUAUACAUGAAGAGAAACACCCAUUAAGACAAGGAAAUGGCGCCGCUGGAUUGGCGUUAUGAGAGAGAGCUCGACAUUUUACUUUAGAUACAUAAUCUCUGUGAUACAUGAUGUUUCCAACCAUGCAUUUGAAGGGGAUUUAGCCCCACCUUAUAGAGACACUAUAGGCACCCAGGCCACUUUAGCUCAUUGAAGUGGUCUGGGUGCAUAUUCCCAGGCCCCUUAACAAUGCCAAGGUAAUUAUUGCAGUUUUGAAUUAACUGCAAUCAGGGGCGUACCUAGAGCAUUUGGCACCCGGGGCGGAUCCUGUGCUUAGCACCCCCUCGCCCCCCUCCAAAAAAAAAAAACCCUGUAAAAUCUUUUAAAUGUUUUCCUUUUUUUUUUUACAAUUUGUAAACUUUGCAAAACCUUGUCAGCUCCUCCUACAAAACCCUUGUCCUGCCCGCUCCCUCAUACAAAACUCCAGUCCUGCCCCCUUCUACAAAUCCUGUACUGCCCCCGUCUACAAAACCCCCGCAACCCCCUUCCACAAAUCACCUGCUUAUCCCCCCUUAUAAAGACUCCUGUCCCAAUACAAAACCCCUGCCCCCUUCUACAAAAUCCCUGCAGCCACACACACACAUUUACAGGCAGACAGUCACACACAUCCAGUCAUGCACACAGUUAGCGGCAGACUGUCACAUAUACAUUGACACACACACACACGGGAGCAGCAGACAGUCACAUGCACACAGUCACAGACAGUCACACACACGGUUACAGGCAACAUCAAACAGUCACAGGCUGACAAUCACACAUACAAAGUCACAUGCAGUCACACACACAGUUAGUUACAGGUAGUCACACACAGUCCUAGCCAAACAGUCAUGCACACAGUUACAGACAGACAGUCACAUAUACAGUCACUCAUACACACAGUCACAGGCAGAGAGUUACACACACACACACACACACACACACAAAGUUACAGGCAGACUGUUAAACACACAGUUACAGGCAGACAGUCCCUCACACACACAUACACACACAGUUACAGGCAGACAGUUUCACAAACACAGACACACACUCUUACUUACAGACAGUGGGCUGAAGGAGGAGUGGAUUCCCUGAAGUCCUUUCCUGAAGCCUGUGGAGAAGCAGGGAUUCCAUGUGCAGCAGUAACAGCAGCGGGUAAGGGCUGUAUUAGGCCCUGCCCCACUGCCAGCUUGGCUCCGCCCUGAUUUUUAUUAGCUCCGCCCCCACUUUACCUCCAUGCUGCCAGUUCAGCUGCUCUUUGCGUGUGUGAGCUGUUCUGGCCGCCUGGCACCCUAACUACCAUGGAGCACUGUGCGGCUGUACAGCUCACACAGCCCCCUCCAGCCCCCAGACCAGGAUCGUGGCACCCGGGACGGACCACACCCCCUCCCCCCCCCCAUUAGUACGCCACUGACUGCAAUAAUUACCUUUAUGGGUUAACUCCACCUCUAUUGGCUGUCUACCAGUUUACGUAAUCUCGUAAAUGUCAGUUAUUACUUUCCAAUAAACAAAAAAGGCGGAUUUGAGUGUAGUUGUGUGUGUGUGUGUGUGUGUGUGUAUAUAUAUAUAUAUGUAGUGUUGGCGUUUGAAUGCAGUGGCGUAUUUGUGUGCAGAAGUGUGUCUGUGUAGUGUUGGCAUUUGAAUACAAGGAUGUAUCUGUGAGUAAUAUUGGCAAAUGCAGUUGUGUGUAGUGUGUGCAGGGGCUUAUUUGUGAGUAAUGUAUGUGUUUAAAUGCAGGGUUGUAUUUUGUGCAGUCUUGGCGUGCCUACACACAGAUAAAGACACACACAUGCACGUAAAAAUUAUCAUAAUUUUAGCCACCCUCCUUUCUUACCUUUUGGGUCCAGUGGGCGCUGGAUGGCCAAGGUUGAUGAGAGUCUGAGGUUCCAACUUUCCGACCCCCUCAAGGGCCUUCUCCUGCGACACUAACGAUGUGACAGGAGUCCCGUCCAGUACACUAUUAAAGGGUCAUGAUCUUAGAGCCAUCCUGCUGGCCAAAUUUGUGGACACUGUGGGACCUAUGUUGUGCAUCUCAGCUCUAAAUAGAUAAAGCAUUUCAGCAAGCUAAAGUACUUUAACAGCUGUCCUUUUCUGCACUUUGGAAUUCAUAUUUCUGAUAUAUUUUGUACAUGUCUUCAAAUUUCAUCAUGAGCGGCAAAAGGUUUUAAAGGAAAAGUCAAAGCACCAUAAUAACUACAACCCACUGGCGCUCCUGGUACCAUACCACUACAGGGGAAUGUCCAUAUUUCCGCCCUGUUCGGCCAUUAUUGAAUUGUUUUCUAUUCUUUUACUUGUUGGGGACACCAGAGAAAAGUCUGCAAUAAGCACAGCGCUAGUACAUUUUAUUUAUAUAUAUAUAUAUAUAUAUAUACACACACACUUCCUGUCACAAUUCGCCCCUCUGUCAGUCCUUACAUUUGCUUCCUGUAUCCUAUAGGAGUCGAUUCAAAAUACUAACCCUUACCUAUAAAGCACUUAAAGGGACACUAUAGUCACCCAGACCACUUCAGCUCUCUCAGGUUUUAACCCUUCAGAUGCAAACAGAGCAGUUUCAGAGAAACUGCUAUGCUUACAUUUGGGGUUAAUCCAGCCUCUAGUGGCUGUCUUCCGGACAGCCACUAGAGGCGCAUCUGCGAUGCUGGAGGCAUAUUUUGCCUAUAGUAAUCCUUUAACAACUCUAGCCCGUGUUAUAUUUAUUCACUGAUUCAUGGGUAUACUCCUUCUCAGUAUCUCCGCUCUACCAGUGACCUUCUCUUGUCCGCUGCUCACACCCAUACUGCUAACUCACGCUUGGAGUAUUUCUCUUUCACGACUCCUUUCCUUUGGAACAGCCUACCUACACCCAUCAGACUCUCCCCUAGUCUUCACUCAUUUGAGAAGUCCCUCAAAACCCAUCUCUUCAGGAAAGCUUAUGGCCUUGCAGAGUAACCUAUAUCUCACAUUCCUGUCCCAUGCUCUCUCCUAAAGGACCUUGUUUGAUUGCUAUCCUCCUCAAUGCCUGUCUUGUGUUUUAUAACCCACCUCCUCUAGACAGUAAGCUCGUUUGAGCUGGGUGAUCACUGUUUCUGUAACAGUUUGUAAUUCUCAUUUAUUGUCAAAUAUUUCCUCUCUUAUAAUAUUGUAAAGCGCUGCACAAUAUGUUGGCACUAUAUAAAUGCCAAUAAUAAUAUGUGCUUGUAUUCCAUGAAAUAAACUUAGAGCUUUUAUGCCCAUACAGGACUUCAGGAGCACUAACAUUUUAAAGAAGAAUUAAAGAGGGAUUUUGUCUAAAGUUGCAUUUCUAGAGCACAUUUUAUUUUAUAAUUCAACAUUAUGCCUUUUGAUCAUGCUUCCAUAAUGAAAGCAAGUUUAAGGGUCCAUCUAACCACCAUAACUUUGUAUCAUUACAAAAGCAGUGUACAAUUUGUUGCCCAAUGUCUGGUACCUUUAGUUCCUUGUGCCAGGCACUGGGUUUCCCCCAUUAGCCUUGCCACGAGUAGAGGCCACAAGGCCUCUGCCAAGUGUUAAAGUAGAAAAACGCAUAUAACUAAUGAUUACUAUAGAUAUAAUGAAAUCUUUAAUAAUCUAUUUAAUGUGUAUAACCCAAUAUAAAUGAUGAGUCCUUUCAGGAGGGCAAUUCUUCAAAUUAAUUGUUUUAUGUUCUAGUUAUUUUGGAUUUUUAUUUUUUUCAACCUAAAUAUUAUUACAGAAAACUGAAUUCUGCCUCUUUUCCAACCAAGGUCUCAUAAUACCUAGGUAUUAUGUCUGUGUCAGACAUUCUUGCUUAGUGUUUUAACAAGCAAUUAACAGAUUUAUUAACUAUACUAUUGAAUUAUAAUUUUAUAGCACCAUGAAGUGGUCAUUGUUGUACAUUUCAAAUACAUAUUUAUUUAUAGGCGACAUCAUUAAAUUGUACUAGAUAUCCAUUUCAUGGACAUUUGGUGAUUAGUACUUGGCGAGAUGCUUGUGAAAAUAAUAAAAUUAAGUUUUGUGUGUAUAAUCCAGGUAUUUAGAUUCCCCCUGUCUCCAUUUUAUUCUGGAUUCAAUAUUGUUAUCAAGAACAAUGUCCUUAUGUCCUAUCGGUGGAUUUGUAUGUUGGAAUGUUUAUUUUACUGUAUUGUUUAUGUCUGUGGGUAUAUGAGGGAUUACGAUAACCAUUUUUUCUUUUUCUUUAAAGGGGUACUAUAGAGUCAGGAACACAAACAUCUAUUCCUGACACUGUUCUAAAACCACCUUUUAGGUGGUUUCCCCCCCUUACAUUGGGUAAGAAAUGUGAAGAUGUAUUCCUGACUCCAUAGUGUUAAAAACACCCUCUGGUUCCCCCUGCCCAUAAAUAUAGUAACAUCUUACAUUUAUUCCAGUUUGCUGCUUGUUCUGCCCCUGAUCUUCCUUGGCUGACAUCAUCAGAAGUGGUGAUCUCAGCCAAUCACCGUGCUUUCCCAUAGGAAAGCAUUGGAUUGGCUGAAAUUGUCAAGAGGCAGAUCAGGGGCAGAUCCAGCACAAGGCAAACACAGCCCUGGCCAAUCAGAAUCUCCUCAUAGAAAUGCAUGGAAUCUAUGCAUAUCUAUGAAAUAAAGUUCAGUGUCUUAAUGCAAAGGGUGGAGACACUGCACGUCAGAGCUGCACAGUGUGCAGGACUGCCCCAGGACAGAAGCAUCUCUAGUAAGCAUUUGAGGAGUGGCCACUGGAGGUAUCGUUGGCUGUAAUGUAAACACUGAGUACGCAGAAAAGGCUCAACAAAAAUGUGAGUUUAUACACUUGUGCAACUCACUAAACUUCUUGCCAUAUUAUUUAAUAUACUGCACAAUUAUUUGUAUUUUUUUCCUCUGUUUUUUCUAUAUGUAUACUAUAUCUAAGGGAUACAUAGAGGGUAAGUGUUUUUGAACACUUGGGAAAAUUCACUUACCUCACAUCUAAUAUAGCGCUGCACUCUUAAAACUGAAGACUUAGAAGGUGGCAACACCUGUAAAGCCUAAAGUUUUAUUAGUUUUUUUGGUGAUUAUCUAUGUGUGGUGGGUUUAAAGGAGUAUCCGCAGAGUGUAUACAGCAGCUAAAAACCACUUCACAGGUUUACACUAUAUAGCGCCACCUAUUCCACACCUUUUGUGUAUAUAUCCACUGAGUACGCAGUGUUUACUGCAAAAAGUCUGCAUGGACUGACUAUACUAGCAAGAACAAAUACAAUAAGCUGUAGUUAUGUUAACUAUUAGUGUCCCUUCACCUUUUUCCAGCGCUGCUCGAGGGUUCUUACAUCUGGCCCCUCCCCUGAUUUGCAUCCUUGGUUGACAUCAUCAGAAUUGAUGAUUUUAACCAAUCACAAUACUUUCCAAUAGGAAAGCAUUUGAUUGCCUUAGAUUGUCAAUGCUGAAGAUCUCAGCCAAGUAGGCAGGGCGGAGCCUGACGCCUCCCUUUCCAAUCAGUAUCUCCUCUUAGAGUUCAGCGUCUCAGUGCAGAGCGUGGAAAUGCUGAAUGUCAAUGCUGCACAUUGUGCAGCACUGCCCCAGGAAGCACCUCUAGUGGCUGUCUGUGGAGUGACCACUGGAGGUGUUCCUUGGCUGUAAUGAAAAAUCUGCUUUUUCUCUGUGAAGGCAGUGUUUACAUUAAAAUGCCUGCAGGCACUGACUCACCAGAACUACAUUAAAGGACCACUAUAGUGCGGGCAUUGUAAUCUGUGAACGCUGUGAUCUGGAACUGAUCUUCAGCUCCAGAAAUGUGUGAGUGCAAUAUAUUUAUUCCUUAUAUUCUGCCUCUGCUGCUAUAGACAUACUACACUAUAUUAGUAUUCCUGUCCAAUUUAGUUUUCUCCCUUAUGUUGGCUCCAUUGGACUCCACACAAGGAUUUUAAUUGUUAAGCGCUGCUUCCCUACACCCCCUGCUUUACUUUAAUCAAUGACCAGAAAGAAGAGACUCUAGUUUAGGAAAGCUUUAGCUGCUGUACACAUAAAGAAACAAGCGCCAGAAAUCUCACUUGCUGCUAUAUAUAUUACUAACAUUUGACUUGUUUCUUCUCAGAAUUGUAUGUUACAAGCGGCACAAUGGAAGAUUCCUGUAAUAAUUACCACUGGACCACUACAGCAGGGCACGUUAACCGCCAAGUAGAGCUUUGCAUAUCAAGUUCGCACCACUCUACCAACAACAUGGAAUUAAUACAGAUUAGUAUUGUGAAUGAUAAAUUUACAAGAACCAAACAUGGGCGAGAGGAGAUAAAUGCUGAAUCCCCUAGUCCUAAGAGGCUACGCAGUGCUGUAUUUAGAUGCAGCACUCCCUGCUCCUCAUCUGGCCAUUUAAAAGACCAUGCAAGCAUGUCUCUGUGUGAAGGUACUUGUCCAAGAUCUGAUGGACCUCUAGAUAAAGAUAAUGAAUGGGAUGAUUCUUUGUUGGAUCCUACAGAUGAUGAGGGGGAUUCACCUUUAUAUUUGACAGUAGACGAGAUAGAUUCAUUGCUGGAAGAUGACUCCUGCUACGCAGCAGAGGCUUUGGGUUUGGACAGUGAGGUGGAAAGUGAGAAAACAGUGACCCAGCUACCUUCAGAGGAUCAUGGGAUUAAGAACGAUGAGCUUUCUUCCACACUGAAGGAGAGCACCUUGAUUGGGGUAGAAGAGAGCGACACAGAAAUGUGCAACUAUGCUACAGUGGCUCCACUGCCCCUCAUAUCUUCUUCACAGUCUGUAGAAGUGCCGGGAGUGAGUAACUCCAGUUUUUCAACUUUAACAACUUCAUCUACAUGUAACUCUGCACUGCACAGGGAAGACUGUGAAUCUGGGGUUCAUGACCGAUUACUGAUGGAGUCUGAUUUAAGCUUAGACUAUGUACCUCAAUGUAAUGACACUAGAACCUUAUCUACAAUGGUACAAAAAACAAGUACUCCACCAGGAGUUGUUGAGGUAUUUGAGGAAGAGAGUGAGCUGCCAUUUGACUGUGACAUUGAUGAACUCUUACAAAUUAGUCCCGGGGAAACCACAUCAGAAGAAGAUAGCUGCACUCCUCUGGUCCUCACAGUCAGCAGUGGAGAGAUGAAGCUGGCUAAGUUGGACUCUGCACCUACCGGUUUGCCUUUGCACUCAUUUCAGUUACCUUUGCCACCUAUUGUUGCUAAUUCUGAGAUUCCAGAUUUACUGACUUUUCCCCCAGACCCUAAUAGAUCGAUCUGCAACUUGGAAAAUACAGGUCAAGAUGUAAAGUCUGGCAAAUCAGAGGCUGAACCGCAAACUCCUGUUGAAAUCAAGCAGGAAAACAGUAUUAGUGGAAACCCUUUAAGCAUUAUUGUGGACAAAUGUGCUGUACAGAAAUCAAGCAAGCAGCAACAGGUAAGCUUCAAUUCAAGUGGUUAGGUUUAUUUCUUAUUGUCUAAGUUAUCCCAAAACCUACACCAUAGCUUGUUUCACCCUUCAAGCAAGAAGAAAGAUAACAAAAGGGAUUCUAUAGGCACCCAGACCACUUCAGCUCAUUGAAGUGGUCUGGCUGCACUGUACCAGGCCCCUUAACCCUGCAAUUGUAAUAGUUGCAGUUUUUGAUAAACUGCAAUAAUUACCUUGCAGAGUUAACUCCACCUCGAGUGGCUGUCUACCAGAAAUCCACUGGAGGGACUUCCAGGUGGUUAGACUACUUUUGAUCGCCUGAUGCUGGACAGCCUCAUGCUAUGCAUUAGAAAUCCAGCAUCAACCAAAACCCAAAAGUUUUGCAUUUCCUAUGAGGGAAUGCACUCGCUGCACAUGAACAUUAGGUCCCCCCAAUAGCUGAGGAGGAGUGGAGACGGAACCUGAACCAGUGCAGAGGGACAUAAGCCCUGUAAUGAGGUAAGUAACAGAAGGGGUUUUUAGCCCCUUAUGCACCAUGGUGGUGGGGAGGGAGGCACUGAAGGGAGCUACAGUGCUAGGAAAACAACUGUUUUCCUAGCACUAUAGUUUCACUUUAAUUAGGAAGUGUACAAAUUAUGUAUAAUGUUCCAAGAAGCCAUAUAGGUAUACAUAUUCUACGGGAUAAAGUACAGCAGAGCAUGUAUACCCUCGGUGAACCACAGGCCUCUUUUCUAUCAAGAACAAAAUAAAUUAAAUGAGUCAAAUGUUCACAAGGGCUUCUUAAUUGUAUUUUUUCACCAAUUAAAGACAGCUAUUGGGUCAGAGCUUAAUAUCCCCUUUAAAUGUUAAGUACCAUGGGGCUGCAAUUCUCCUAUUGACUGAAGUAGGUGUGCCAAAAUUACCUGAAAUUUCUCUUUUUUAGUACAUUAAAGAAAGGGGAGAGGUAAUCUUCACCCAGGUAGUCCCUGUAAUGCUCCCUUUAACCCACGUGGUCUAAAACUUUUGGAAUGGUCUUCAGCAUGAUACAAGUAGUCUAGCAGAAUUGGAAUGUGGUUUUAGGAAACAUGCCUUUGCACAGAAGAUGAGGAAGAGAGACAGAACUUUUUUAGACAUACCUCCGCCAAUCUAUGCUCCUAGCGCUUUUCCGAGGACUCCGAGCACUCCAACCGACACCAUGAGCACUGCGGACCCCACUUCCAGCGAUGCAGCUGCGCAGGGGUCUCGCCGUCUCUCACCCACCCUGGAUCCACGACCAGGAUCCUGCUCCCAGUGGGUGAACCUAAAUCCAGGGUGCGUAGCAGGAACAAAUCAAGCUCUUACAAGAGCUUACUCUGGGGAGUAAGUGAUUAUAGCAAUCCCCAGAGUGUAGGUAUCCCUUCCCCCAAGCAUGAGCCAAGGCUUCAAGAAAGGUGCAAGUAGGUCUGGUUUAUUGAGGGCUACCUGCCCGGUAUUUAUGCAGGUGUCCACCAGGUGGACACUCCCCUAGGGGACCUGAUGGAACAAUGGGACACAUAUUGGAUAUUAGCCAAUCACAGACAAUACAAACAAAACACUCACACAGUGACAUCACAGUCCCUCCUCUCUAUCCUGGAGAUAAUUGGGAAGUAAUCAAAUUAUCUCCCAGGACAGAGGCAAGACUCCAUUAACCACAUGGUUACAGAAAGACACACAAUUACUACAUAAAACCUACACAUGCAACAUAUACCCAGAUAGCUUAGAUCUGAGCGCACAUUAUUACCGAAUGGCGCUCAGAUCACAUGCAUACAGUUCAAUCGCCAUGGAGCCAAAGUCUUUUGCAUAGUCUUUCAUUACACGAAUAGGCUCCAUGGCAUAACUAUCUGGGGUAGCACUACUCACAUACUGAAAGUCCCAAACACCCCUGCAGAAAUACACAAAUAAACCUUUCUGCAGGGUAAAAUACAGCUAUCAGCACAGAGGCCAUAGUCAGAAGGCAGGAGGCUAGCCAGUAGUCCCCUCCAGGCACAAGUGGCGAAGGGCACUUCGUCACACAAUAUAAACUAUUGCCAUAUGUAUAUUCGCAUAUGGCACAAAGGAGCAAAAAGAAUCCUUAAAGGACCACUAUAGUGCCAGGAAAACAAACUCGUUUUCCUGGCACUAUAGUGCCCUGAGGGUGCCUGCACCCUCAGGGUCCCACUCCCGUGGCGCUGGGACUCUCCUCCCUCUUCUGAUGUCAUCGGCUGAAUGCGCAUGUGCGGCAAGAGCAUUCUCAAUGUUUUCCUAUGGACAUUGACGUCUUCUCACUGUGAGAAGCGCCUCUAGCGGCUGUCAAUGAGACAGCCACUAGAGGCUGGAUUAACCCAUAGGUAAACAUAGCAGUUUCUCUGAAACUGCUAUGUUUACAGCAGAAAGGGUUAAUCCUAGAUGGACCAGGCACCCAGACCACUUCAUUAAGCUGAAGUGUUCUGGGUGCCUAUAGUGGUCCUUUAAGGGUCCAAUGCCUUUUUUUUUUUUGAAGAAUACAUUCUCAUAUACCUUGUAAACCACUAAACACCAAGUAGACGUGUUUUUCCUUCUUUCAUUGAGAAUGCGUCAACGUACAAUUUGUUAUUAGAAUAAGAUCAGCCAAAUAAGGCCUUGAUUUAAUAAGCUCUCGAAAUGAGUCAACACUGUUUUUUUAAAUAAAAAAAAAAAAAAAAAAACCUUUCCAAAUGCCUUGUCUACAGAACUCACCAUUAAAGGUUUACUAAAACCACCGUGACUACUUGUGCUUUUAGAAUUGGUCGUGGUGGUGGGAGUCUGCAUGUGCAGAAAUACUUGCAAUUGUAUUUCGGGAGCUAGUUACACUCCUGGCACACAUGACUUGGUUCUGGACUGCCAAAUAUAAAUUCUGUGCAAAAUGUAUGUACAGCACACUGGCAACAGAUGUAAUGGAAGCUUGAGUCUCUCCUGCCUAGCUGCAGUCUUCCUUCCUCAGUAUAUUUUCCUCUGUUUUCUUUUUUUCUUCUCCUGCCUCACUCUCCACUCUCUCUUCCCCUCUCUUUGCUGUCUCAGAGCGCCAGCUAAGAGAGGGGAAGAGGGUGUCUUCGAGAAGCCUUUGGCCUUCCACGUGGCUCGUAUGACCUCACAGGGAUGUGCUGAACAGUGCCUGGAGCUUCGUCUGGCGCUGGAUUAAAGGUCUGUAAAAACGUAUUUUUUAAUGUUAUUUGUUUUGAAGGUGGGACCUAAAGUGUAAUGUCCUUUGGGUCAUUAUUCGUAUAAACCCGUAAAGUGAAAAUUACUAUCUCUUCUCCAGCAUAAGCCUAAUGAUGUUCAACAUUGAUUUGAUUUUUUAUUUUUUAUUUUUUUUUAUUUAUUUUUGCAUGUUUAUAAUUUCUGCACAGGCAUUGGCUCCUGUAGAAUCUGAACUACCAGAUCUUCCUGUUGUCCCUGCUAAGCCAAAAGAGAAAAAGUUGGGAACGGUGGCUCCAUUACCAAAUCCUACAGUCAGGUAUCCAUGGUUACAUUACAAUAGGAAUUGGGCACAUGUGGGAACUUUUCUGGUGUAUCCUUGAUGCUGACACCUAUAGUAAGUCUGCAAAAGUAUUUACUAAAAAAUACAAAUACAAACCAUACAUUUAUUCACUGGACUCCAUUUAAAGGUAAACCUGCUGUCUAAACAGGAUUUGCUAGUGCACAAGAUUUAAACAGUAGCAUGAUGUCUAAAGCAAAUGAAACAAAUCCUGCUUAUGCACUUGGCACGCUAACUAGCAGCAACACGGUCCAGACAGCUACAUUCUUUAACAAUACCAUGCACAAUGAUGUGGGCAUAGUGUUGUCUGAAAUGGCCAGCAUGGUCUUAAAGAGAUAUGGAUAUGCAGGACACUGCAAUGGUUAGAUCGAUCUAAGUUCUCAAUCUAUUUCUUAUAUGGAUUUGCACCGUCACCAUUUAGUACCCAAUAAGAGACCUGAGUAGUCUGGUAAGGAGACUUUGACACUGAUGGUGAGCAGCCAGGGGACUUAGGCUGGGUAUACGAGACCUAUGUAUUAAAUAGGCUGUGUAAUCUGAGGUAAGAGACAUAGGAACUGUGGAUAAAAGACAGGAAAAGAUUAAAGGUACCGGUGAGUUAAGUGGGUUGAAAAUUAGGUAGUUGAGAUGGACUGAGAUAAGAGUAUCAGUAGGAGGGUGACCUUAAAAGGUAGGCUCAUACUAUUGAAAUGCAGUGGUCCACUGCUCUAGUACGUAACUUGGAAUUUGUAUUCGUCAAGCCAACUGGAUGUGUGUACUCUGUAUUUUAGACCCAAGAUAAAUCUAUAUCAACUGGAAGAAAACAAGGAGAAAUACUUCCACAGUGUAAUGAUGCACCUUAAUGCUCCAAAUACAUCCCAAGGUAUGAGCAUAAACAACAAAUACAUUACUGUAAAACAGGAUUUUAAUUCUUUAAAUCUGUUAAUUGCGGUUUGUAGUGAUUAUAGCACUUUUUGCAUUUUUUACAUUUGUAUUAGGUUAUGUCUAUUUGUAAUUCAUUUUUUUUAACGGAACAUAUGUCUACAGAUACAUACCCUUAUGUAAAAAAAGUCCUGCAUUAAUACAACCAUUAAACAUUAAUAAAAAAAGUGAAAGAAAAAGAUAUAAGGGGGUUCAAAGAAAAUAUACAGAAAAUCUUGUAUACUUAGUAUAAUGAGUGGAACACCUCCUGAUUUUCCUACAAUAAAAACAUAUACAUAGUGUAAUACUGUUAUGUAAGAAACAUUAAUCAGUCAAAGGUAUUGGGUCACUCACAGUAUGCAGAGUCUCAUAAAGCUGGCUCUGACUUCAGUAGCAGAUGAAUAAUUAGCUUAUUCUGGCUUUCAACUUCCUAGACAGGAUAAUUUCUUUCCAGCCUUUCAAUGAUGACCAGGAUAUCCAAUAGUAAAGAGCAAAUUGAAACUUUACUGGUUAAAAAUACAGGAUACAGAAAUAGGCUUAAAAUAACAAAAUAAAAAGUCCAGAACACUAACGCGUUUCGACCUCCAGGUCUUUGUCAAAGUGUGUGGUAAAUGCUGGUCUUCUCCUUUUUAAAUAGUGCUUCUGUCAUUGAAUUUGGCGCUGUUUUGCCGGCGUCCAUUUUCACUUCCGGGUCCUCCGAACUGCCGCAUCACGUGACUCCCCGUCCGGUCACCUGAUUCUGAUGUCAUACGUAAUGACGUCACUUCCGGAUUUUCGGUCUUCACCUUGUAAAUUCUUUACAUAUCGGCAGUACUGGCGUUUUCGCCAUAUUUAAACUGGGAAAAGGACCACUACAUACACAAAAACUUCAAAUAAAUCCAUCUAGUUUAUAGAUUGAAUGUUAUUAUUUCUCCAUAUUUAAACACUAAACAAAUAUACAUACAUAAAUAACAAAAAAACAUUCUUAACUAGAAAAUGUUUCAUAAUAUUGCACAUCUAUAUAGCACUAGCAAUUCAUAAAAUACAAAUUAAAACCAUAUUCUUAUAUAAGAAAUAUUUCAGAGUUAUACAUCUAUGUAUUAAAUUGCAUAGGUGAGAGAACAUAUUUUCAACUGAAAAAUAUUUUUUAUUUUAACAUUUCUAUAAUAUGAGGAGGAUAAUCCCCUUAAAGUAAAAUGUACUUAUAUCGGUGAGUAAUUAAUAAUGCAUCAUUCCAAGUAAUAAACAUCUCAAUAAAAAUAAUGCAAUAUAUAUGUCUGUAUAAAAAAAGGGGGGCACAUAAUAUAUCUGUAGGAGACAAGAAGAUAAAAAAUAUUAAUUUUAAAAAUAGUUAAAAAAAAUAAAUAAAAAAAAGUGGAAAUCCACAAUUCAGAUACCCAAUAAAAUUAAAAUACACAGGUAAAAUUAAAUAAGUACUGACAUUUCGAAAUCGACGUUGAGUCCACCAGGAGACAAAGUGUCCAAAUUAAAUAUCCACUUCAUCUCGCAGCGGCUCAACGUCGAUUCCAAAUCCCCCCCCUCUCCAAUGGGCUUCCAUCUUUUGUAUCCCAAAAAAAUGGAGUCCAGAGGGGUCUACUCCAUGACAUUUAAAAAAAUGUAGUGAUACAUUGUGUUUUAAAAAACCCCUCCUAAUAUUAUAGAUAUGCUCACGUAUCCUUGUUUUAAGGCACCUAGAUGUCUUACCAAUGUAUUGUAGCCCGCAAGGACACGUGAGCAUAUAAAUCACAUUUUUUGAAUGACAGGAAAUAAAUGAGUAAUAUAUAAAUCUUAUAUAUAGGAGUCCCUGCCCUAGAUUUAAAAUUGGCCACCUUCCUAUUUUGGUAUUUAUAGUUUUUACAACCCAUGCAAUCUCCACAAUAAAAGAAUCCCUCUUUACCAUCUUUAUAUAACUCUAAAAAAUUGGUCUUGGUGAUAUCUAUAUAACUUUCGUUUAUUUUCUAAAAAUGGUUGGAUUUCCUGAUCUUGUUGAAGAAUAUGCCAGUUUUUGUUUAGAAUUUGUUUUAGUUGUCUCGGAUCUUUACUAUUAUUAAAAAUAAGUGGUAUGGUUUAUUCUUCUUUUUCUAUCUCUCAUUUUUUGUUUAUAUAUAAGGAGGGUAUUUCUAUAGAAAUCUCUAAUUUUUUUCUGUUUCUCUAUUUAAAUGUUCCAACUUAUAUCCUCGAUGUAAAAAUUGAUUUUUAAGAAUAUCUGCCUGGUUGUUUAAAGAAUCCAAGUCAGUACAGUUUUGUUUAAGUCUUAGAAACUGUCCUCUUGGAAUAUUCUCCAACCACGGUUGAUGAUGACAACUGUCUGUGUGAAUGUAACUAUUGACAUCCACUUUUUAAAAAAAAAGUUUUCGUUUUGAUUUGAUUUUCUGUAUAAAUUUCUAAAUCUAAAAAAUUUAUUUUCUUUUUACUAAUCUCUUGUGUCAAUUGGAUAUUCCAUUGGUUGCUAUUUAAAAAACUUAAAAAAAAGCUAAAACCUGUGUCUCAUCUCCUUUCCAAAUAAAAAAAAAUAUCGUCAAUGUAUCUUUUAUAAAGGACCAGGUUCGCACACCAGUCAUGUGUAGAAUAAACAAACCUAUUUUGCCAAUAAGCCAUAAAAAGGAUUGCAUAACUGGGUGCGAACCUGGUGCCCAUCGCAUUACCCCUACAUUGCAAAUAAUAUUCUCCCUCGAACCAAAAAAAAUUAUUCUGUAGAAUAAACAGAAUCCCCUCUAUAAUAAAGUAAACCUGGUCCGAGGGAUAAAGUGCAGACGUCUCUAAAAAAUAGCGUAUGGCCUCACAGCCCAGCAAAUAAUCAAUACAAGUAUAUAAACUAGUGACAUCACAGGUCACUAAAAUAAAAUCAGAGGGGUCUACUCCAUGACAUUUAAAAAAAUGUAGUGAUACAUUGUGUUUUAAAAAACCCCUCCUAAUAUUAUAGAUAUGCUCACGUAUCCUUGUUUUAAGGCACCUAGAUGUCUUACCAAUGUAUUGUAGCCCGCAAGGACACGUGAGCAUAUAAAUCACAUUUUUUGAAUGACAGGAAAUAAAUGAGUAAUAUAUAAAUCUUAUAUAUAGGAGUCCCUGCCCUAGAUUUAAAAUUGGCCACCUUCCUAUUUUGGUAUUUAUAGUUUUUACAACCCAUGCAAUCUCCACAAUAAAAGAAUCCCUCUUUACCAUCUUUAUAUAACUCUAAAAAAUUGGUCUUGGUGAUAUCUAUAUAACUUUCGUUUAUUUUCUAAAAAUGGUUGGAUUUCCUGAUCUUGUUGAAGAAUAUGCCAGUUUUUGUUUAGAAUUUGUUUUAGUUGUCUCGGAUCUUUACUAUUAUUAAAAAUAAGUGGUAUGGUUUAUUCUUCUUUUUCUAUCUCUCAUUUUUUGUUUAUAUAUAAGGAGGGUAUUUCUAUAGAAAUCUCUAAUUUUUUUCUGUUUCUCUAUUUAAAUGUUCCAACUUAUAUCCUCGAUGUAAAAAUUGAUUUUUAAGAAUAUCUGCCUGGUUGUUUAAAGAAUCCAAGUCAGUACAGUUUUGUUUAAGUCUUAGAAACUGUCCUCUUGGAAUAUUCUCCAACCACGGUUGAUGAUGACAACUGUCUGUGUGAAUGUAACUAUUGACAUCCACUUUUUAAAAAAAAAGUUUUCGUUUUGAUUUGAUUUUCUGUAUAAAUUUCUAAAUCUAAAAAAUUUAUUUUCUUUUUACUAAUCUCUUGUGUCAAUUGGAUAUUCCAUUGGUUGCUAUUUAAAAAACUUAAAAAAAAGCUAAAACCUGUGUCUCAUCUCCUUUCCAAAUAAAAAAAAAUAUCGUCAAUGUAUCUUUUAUAAAGGACCAGGUUCGCACACCAGUCAUGUGUAGAAUAAACAAACCUAUUUUGCCAAUAAGCCAUAAAAAGGAUUGCAUAACUGGGUGCGAACCUGGUGCCCAUCGCAUUACCCCUACAUUGCAAAUAAUAUUCUCCCUCGAACCAAAAAAAAUUAUUCUGUAGAAUAAACAGAAUCCCCUCUAUAAUAAAGUAAACCUGGUCCGAGGGAUAAAGUGCAGACGUCUCUAAAAAAUAGCGUAUGGCCUCACAGCCCAGCAAAUAAUCAAUACAAGUAUAUAAACUAGUGACAUCACAGGUCACUAAAAUAAAAUCAUCUUCCCAUUUAAAAUUGUUUAGUAAUUGUAAUAGACUCAUUGAGUCUUUAAGGUAUGAGGUAUUAGUUUUAACAAUAGGCUGAAGAUGGGUAUCUACAUAUUUAGACAAAUUAGACAACAAAGAUCCUAUCCUGGAGACAAUAGGUCUUCCCGGAGGGUCUUGUAUAUUUUUAUGUAGUUUAGGUAAUGUGUAGAUAACCGGUAUCCGUGGCCGACUAAUAUUUAGAAAAGCAUAUUCUUUUUGGGUAAAAUGGUAAAGAGGGAUUCUUUUAUUGUGGAGAUUGCAUGGGUUGUAAAAACUAUAAAUUACCAAAAUAUGAAGGUGGCCAAUCACCGCUGCGAGAUGAAGUGGAUAUUUAAUUUGGACACUUUGUCUCCUGGUGGACUCAACGUCGAUUUCAAAAUGUCAGUACUUAUUUAAUUUUACCUGUGUAUUUUAAUUCUAUUUUUAUUGGGUAUCUGAAUUGUGGAUUUCCACUUUUUAAUUUUUUUAACUAUAUUUAAAAUUAAUAUUUUUUAUCUUCUUGUCUCCUACAGAUAUGUUAUGUCCCCCCCUUUUUUAUACAGACAUAUGUAUUGCAUUAUUUUUAUUGAGAUGUUUAUUACUUGGAAUGAUGCAUUAUUAAUUACUCCCCAAUAUAAGUACAUUUUACUUUAAGGGGAUUAUCCUCCUCAUAUUAUAGAGAUGUUAAAAUAAAAAAUAUUUUUCAGUUGAACAUAUGUUCUCUCACCUAUGCAAUUUAAUACAUAGAUGUAUAACUAUGAAAUAUUUCUUAUAUAAGAAUAUGGUUUUAAUUUGUAUUUUAUGAAUUGCUACUGCUAUAUAGAUGUGCAAUAUUAUGAAACAUUUUCUAGUUAAGAAUAUGUUUUUUUGUAAUUUAUGUAUGUAUAUUUGUUUAGUGUUUAAAUAUGGAGAAAUAAUAACAUUCAAUCUAUAAACUAGAUGGAUUUAUUUGAAGUUUUUCGAAAACGCCAGUACUGCCGAUAUGUAAAGAAUUUACAAGGCGAAGACCGAAAAUCCGGAAGUGACGUCAUUUCUUAUGACAUCAGAAUCAGGUGACCGGACGGGGAGUCACAUGAUGCGGCAGUUCGGCGGACCUGGAAAUGAAGAUGGAUGCCGGCAAAACGGCGCCAAAUUCGAAGACAGAAGCACUAUUUAAAAGGGAGACGACCAGCAUUUACCACACACUUUGACAAAGACCUGGAGGUUGAAACGCGUUAGUGUUGUGGACUUUUUAUUUUGUUAUUUUAAGCCUAUUUCUGUAUCCUGUAUUUUUAACCAGUAAAGUUUCAAUUUGCUCUUUACUAUUGGAUAUCCUGGUCAUCAUUGAAAGGCUGGAAAGAAAUUAUCCUGUCUAGGAAGUUGAAAGCCAGAAUAAGCUAAUUAUUCAUCUGCUACUGAAGUCAGAGCCAGCUUUAUGUGACUCUGCAUACUGUGAGUGACCCAAUACCUUUGACUGACUAAUGUUUCUUACAUAACAAUAUUACACUAUGUAUGUGUUUUUAUUGUAGGAAAAUCAGGAGGUGUUCCACUCAUUAUCUUAAGUAUACAAGAUUUUCUGUAUAUUUUCUUUGCACCCCCUUAUAUCUUUUUUCACUUUCUGAGUGCCAUUUAGUGAUUUUGGGCACUGGGGGUAGUUGCGUAUUCUUUGGUUUUCUAGCGCCAAUCCACCAUUCUUUUGUUGUGUUUUUAUUAAUAAAAAUGUAAUGCAGAAAUUGUGGAAACAGAUGACUUGGCAUAUACUAUGGGAAAUAAUAGUCAAGGUCUAUUUUUAUGUAGUUAAGAAUUUAAUUGCUAAGGAAUGUGUAAAAUUACAUCACAUGAAGCUUGAUCCAAGGAUCUCGCAAUCUAUACACGCCAGUUACUACAGGGAAAAACAAAACUUCCUAAUGAAUAUAUUGCCAUAUGUUAUGAAGCAGCUACUGUAUUAUUCACACACAGAUCCAAGAAAAACGCUCUGAUCCACAGGUUACAUUAGAUUAUCACUUUGAAAUCCAGUUAGAGGACUUAAUAUUAAAGGGACACUGUAGUCACCAAAACAACUAUAGCUUAAUGAAGCAGUUUUUGGUGUACAGAUCAGGCCCUUCAUUCUCACUGCUCAAUUCUCUGCCAUUUAAGAGUUAAAUCACUUUGUUUAUACAGACCUAGUCACACCUCCCAGCAUGUGACUUGCACAGGCUUCAUUAACACUUCCUGUAAGGAGUCUGCUAAUGUUUACCCUUCCUUUAUUGCAAAUUCUGUUUAAUUUAGAUUUUUUUUUUUUUUUUAAAUGUCCUGCUCUGUUGAAAGCUUGCUAGAGCCUGCAGGAGUCUCAUGUGUGUAAUUAAAGUUCAAUUUACAAAGCAGGUUAUACAAUAUAUUAAGGUAAGUUGCAUACCUCCCAUUGUACAGCGCUACGGAAUUUGCUGGCCCUAUGUAAAUAAUAAUAAUAAUAAUAAUCUGAUUGACAGUGAAACCAUUUUCUUUUUUCAUAUAGGCUGUGUCAGUCACAGCCUGGGGAGGUAUGGCUAGAGCUGCAUAAACAGAAACAAAAGUGAUUUAACUACUAAAUAUCAGAGAAUUGAGCAGUGAGACUCCAGAGGCAUGAUCUAUACACAGAACUGCUUCAUUAAGUUUUGGUGACUAUAGUGCCCCUUUAAGGAAGGGUACUUGUUAAUUCAGCGAGUAUACUGAUUUGCCAUAUUGACUUAGUAUAUUUUUUCUUUGAGGGAAAUGUUUUAACCCCUUAAUGACAGCGGGUGUUCUAUUCCAUCCUUAAGGAGCCGAGCCUAAAUGCCGUCAGGUGGCAUAGAACGUCCACCCCACUUACCCGAUCACCGCCGUUCCCCGCCAGCGAUCGGCAUUCCUCCCGGUCUGGGGGGACUGUCGGACAGCCCAGACAGUCCCCCGUCCGCAAAUUAGGACCCCGCGGGCCAUGUGAUCACUCUAAAAGAGCGAUCACAUGUCCAUAGUGCUGUCUGCAGGAGGACUGCCUAAAUUGACAGGCAGUCUCCUUGCUUCAGUAAAAUUAAAUAAAAAUGUUAGUAAAUAAAAAAUACAUAAAUAAAAAUAUAUGUAACGGAACCGCUGGCACCCCGACCGGGUACCUUCCGCUGACGGAUGCUCCUAGUGCUUUCCGUAGACUCCAAGCACUCUGUCCGACACCAAAACCACUGCAGACCCCACGAACUGCCGCAGCUUGGUUGGGGUCUCGCUGUCUCCACCCACUCUGCACCCAAGACCAGGGUUCAGCUUCCAGUAGGUCGACCUCUCCGAAUUCCAGAGAGCAGGAACAAGCUCUUAGCAGAGCUUAGUGAUUAUACCCUGUGGGGUAUAGUGAUUAUAGCAAUCCCCAGAGUGUAGUUCUCCAAUCCCCCAAACAUGAGCCGAAACUUCAUGAAGGUACAAGAUGAUCUGACUCCAAUGAGCGUUUAUUACUCCUUAUAUACAAGUUUUCAGGCCAGAGGCACACCCCCUGGACCUGGUGGUAAACUGUGACAAAAGGUACACAAACCAAUGGAACACUAACAUAAGAACACUCCCACAUACACAAAGAAAUCCCUCCUCUCCAUCCUCGAGAUAAUUGGCUUAAGGCACUGCAGUAAACUCAAUUAUCUCCAGGUACAGAAAAUAUCUACAUUGUACACUAACAGCAAAAAUACGUAAAAGUACAUAAAAAUACAUAAUUCUUAUUAUAUUCCACAGAACCCCCACAUUUAACCUAUCCCCAGAUAGCUCGGAUCUGAGCGCCCAAUCUAGGUGAACAGCGCUCAGAUCCCAUGAACAGAGUAAAUUUGCCAUGGGGUAAAGCAUAGCAAGGGCUGUUGAGAAACCAAGGAGGGACGAAAGCAGUCAGUUCCAACUGGUUUGGCAGUGUGCCUGGGACAACGCCCUGUUGGAGAACAAUAGACAGGAAACUGGGGAGGGAAAGAGAGACACCUUCCCAUGGAUUCAAAUGGGCAGAAACAGUCUUUAGAAGCCAAUAAGCCCCAAAUAGUCUUUUUAAAUGGCACUACACCCCAGGGCCAUAGUCAUGAGGAAGGAGGCUGGCAAUCAGGCACCUCCAACAGCCAGGGGCAAAGGGCAGCUUGUCACCUAACAAUCCAGUGACAAAAGGCAUUUCGUCACAAUAUACAUAUAAUUUAUCAAUAUAUAGUGUGUGUGUGUGUGUGUAUAUAAUAAAUAUAUAUUUAUUUUGUCUUACUAAGUGUAUACAUAUAUUAAUAUAAAAAUACACAUAUAACUACUGUAUACACAUUGUGUAUAUAUAUAUAUAUAUAUAUAUAUAUAUAUAUAUAUAUAUAUAUAUAUAUAUAUAUAUAUUUUAUAAAUAAAUGUCAUUUUAUUCUAAGUGUACCCUUAGAAUGAAAUUAUGUGUGUGUGUGUAUAUAUAUAUAUAAAUAAAAAUAAUACAAAAUAUAUAUCCAUAUACAGAAUUACAUAAAUAAUUUCAUAAAUAUACACAUAGACUUCAAAUAUAUAAAUAUGUAUAUAUAGUUAAAUUCCAUGUGCAUAUUUAUGUAAUAUUUUUACAUACUUAAGUAAUUUUAUUGAUUGCAAUUUGAGGGACCUGCCUAAGAACCCAGGCAGAAAGUCCAGAUAAUUUCAUUUGCUAGCCUUAGAUUUAACCCUGUGACUUUCCAAGAUGACCUAAAACCUGUACAUAGGGGGAGUACUGUUUUACUCGGGAGACUUUGCUGAACACAAAUAUUAUUGUUUCAACGGUUACUCGGGAGACUUUGCUGAACACAAAUAUUAUUGUUUCAACGGUAAAAGCUAAAGUUAGCGUUCAUAUUUGUUUUUUGCAUUUUUCACACGCAAACCAAUAUAAACGCUAGCUUUGGCCAGUGUUCGUGACUAAGUGGCUACUAAAAAAGACUGGACAUACCCUAUAUUAAAUACCCUGGGUUGUCUACUUUUUCAAAUGGUAUUCUAUCAUGGGGGUAAUUCUAAUUUCUGGGCUACGAUACAGUGUAAAAAGCAACAUAACCAGUUUGGUAAAUUUCAAUGUGUAUAAACUGAAAAACAAAACCAUGAUAUAUUUGACCCUGUAACUUUCCAAAACCCCCAUUAAAACCUAUACAUGGGAGGGGGGGGGUUUAAAAAAUAUAAAUUUCUCACAAUUUUUAGAUUUUAUUCAUAAUAAAUUAUGUUUUAUAUAUGAAUAGUUCAUGUGAAAUUAAAGCAAUGUUUCUCCUGAACAACAUGAUAUACAAUAAGUGUGGGUGCACUUAAUAUGAAAGAGCUGAAUUAUGGUUAAACAGAUAUAUAGCUAAAAUUCUAGUUUUUGGUUACGUUUUGUUUUGAUCACAACUUGUACAACUGGCUCAGUCCGUAAGGGGUUAAAUACGUUUUUUGUUGUUGUUUUUUACCAUUUGUUUUCAUAAACUUCAGCAUCCGAGAUGUAUGAAAGGUUGAACUUGAUGGUCCUAAGUUAUUUAUCCAACAAAGGAUUACUGUGUUAACCCCAUCUUCUGUAUUUUUUUCAGAUCCUAAUUAUGAGCUGGCCUCGUUACUUAACCAGAUCAGUAGAGAAAAUCCCAGCUAUCCUCACAUAUCUGAUUUUACGAGGAGGUACAUGAGCUUUACAGCCCACCCUGAUUUAUUUCUGCAUUCUGUGGAGGCAGACAAAGCCAUUUUCCUCUUAGAACAAUGGCUUUAUAGAAUGUUUGCUGGUUGUGCUUUUCACUGCUUUUUAAAUUUGAUUUCAUUAUCUUUUGCAGGAAUCACCCUCGUUCUGUUAAAAGGAGAAACACAAACUACAACUUGAGAGAGUGGGUGUUACAAAAUGGAGGAAGCAGUCAACGCUUUCAAAGCUUGCCGUGCACAUUUCAAAGGAGUCCAAUUCCUAAAGCCCUGCCCUCCAACCAUUAGGAUAUGGGAUUUAAAGGUUUCAUUCUACCAUCCAUCUUUGAGUGAUUUUGUUUAUUCCACCAACCAAAAAAACUUUUAUAAGUGGGUAUGAGGAGGAUGAGAGCCCUGACCUCAGGAUGGUUACUCAACUGCUGUGAACUCAUUCCAUUUCACAAAUUGUUUAUACAUAUAUAGUUUGGUUUUACUAUCAUCAUUUUAUAUUGGACGUAUUUCUGCCUUGGUUAAGAUGUUGUAAUAUAAUAGUUUUCACUUUAAUGUUUUAUAAUUGCAGUUUUUCUGUACUGGUUUAGGUGUUCUAUAUAUUAUAAUAAAUAGUUCAUUUUGUCAUUUGAUUGUCUACAUCCUUAAUCCAUCAAUUCAAACUUUCCUGUCCCACUGAAUUUAUCCAAUCUUUAUGUGCUUGAUUGUUUCUUAUAAUAAAAUUCCAUCUGCCCUUUUGCAUUUCUAUUCUUUGCUUUAUCUCCAGAUCUUUCUUUCUUUAUUUUGUCAUUUUCCCAUCUCUCUUCCACAUAUUUCUCUCUCAUCUGUUGGGAAUGGUCCCAGCCUGCGGAUUAUCUUGGUUUAAGGAAAUUUGGUGAAUUGGAAGUAAAUUUGCUGUAAAUCAUUGCUCCAACUGCCUCCCCACCCACUUUUUAUCGGAUUAAAAUCAAAACCAAGAUUACUAUGAAUACCCUUCACUGCUAGUGGGGGUGGAAUAAUACAGAAAAAAACAGCAUCAUUUCAGGCCAUCAUAAGCGGUGAAACAUGGUCAGUUGACAGCUAGUCUGACAGUGCUUCUAUUCAUUCUAAUGCUUGGGAAUUUUCAUUUGAUUUUUAUAAUGAAAAGUGUUUGAUUUAUGGUUUUG